AUGGCUUUUAACGGAGGAACGAAUCCGUAUUCAUCUGCUGAUGUGGAUCCAUACGAUUAUGAUUAUCAACCACAAGGAAACGUGGGAACCUAUACCAAUGCCUAUGCUCCACCAGUUUUGAGCCAACCUGCUGAUAUCACUGUUGACCAAGGUAUGGACAAUGAAGCUCUCAGACUUAAAGCAAUGGAACUUGCUCGUAGAGAGGCUGAAUUGGAAAAGAGAGAACGAGAAGUUCAAAAUUUAGAGCAUAUGCCUGUCAAGAAGAAUUGGCCACGUUGUUAUCCAAUUGUAUAUCACAGCAUUGGUGAGAUACCAUCCGAUUUUCUUCGAAGAAAAAUUGCAUAUAUGGGAUAUAUUUCAUGGAUGGUUCUUUGUGCUGUCAUGUUGUUGAACGCCUUUACUGCAUACAUUACUGCUUUCUAUCCAGCUGCUGGACUUUCGAAAGAAGUCUCAACCAUGACCAUUGUUCAAUACUUGGUCAUCUCUACUGCCAUGUUCUUUAUUGUGAUUCCUGCACACUUUUUCCUUUCUUAUUGGCCAUUAUAUAAGGCUAUGGAAAUUGGAGCUAUUCCAAGAUUUAUUUUAUUCUUUAUUGGUUAUGCAGUUGCAAUUUUGUUUUGUGCUAUUGGUUGUGCUGGAUAUUUGACAUACGGUUUCAGCGGUAUUGUCACUGCCAUUUAUUAUUUCCCAACUGGUACAACAGGAAGUAUUCCAGCAUUUGUAUGCAACUUGGUGAUGGCUGUAAUUUGGUUUGCAAUGAUGAUUGACUUUAUUGUCAUUUUCAUUUUGGGAAUUAAGGUCUUCAGAGCUCUCAAGGGUUCUUUGAAUAAGAUUAAGGAAUAUGGUACUGGCUUGGUACAACAAGGUGCUGCCACUGCCAUUAGCGGUGCUGUUAAGGUUGGACUCUCUGGAUCGAAUAACCAACAAGUUUAA